AGAAAAUGGGCGCCUUGAUGCUAGGGAGCCAAUUGAUGCUGCGCAGCAUGGACCCAAAUGAGGCUGUUUGACAGGACUUCGGUGAAAAGAGCCUCAAUUUUGAUGAGUUGCUGAGGCGGGCAGGUUCCAGGUGCAUUUGCCCAGGGCAUCAAUUGGAUCACCUUCCUUAUGGCCCCCAAGGGCGCGAUGCCACGUCUGAAGGAGCUCAGGGCAACCUGGACAGAAGUAGACAGGGAGCAGCCUAUGCUGAAGCUGCUGAUCCCUGUUGUGGUGCUGGCUUGGCUACUGGAGAGGUUUUUGGUCCCCUUCUCUAAUUGGGUGCCCCUUGUGGCGGCAGUCUGGCUCGCAUUGGAAUUCAGCAGGGUCCGAACGCGUGCAGCAGUCGACCGCCUGAACCGCAAGUGGGAGCGCUUCCAUUUGUCCAAUGCUCUUGCGACCGCCCCCGAGACCACCCAGUGGCUGAACAAGCUGCUGCAGACGGUGUGGCCCAACUACUUGGAGCCCCGUCUGGUGCAGGAGUACCUGCGGAUUGUGCAGAAGCAGCUGAGGGAGAAGCGCCCAAAGAGCAUCCAAUCUAUCGAGGUGGAGGAGUUUUCGCUUGGCACGGCGCCCCCACAGAUGGGCUCCACAAAAACCUACUGGUCGAAUGACGCCACAGGAAAGGUUUCCUUGUACAUGGACUUUCUCUUUGACACCACCGACAUGAGCGUUGUUCUUGGGGCGAAGUUAGCGGGCCCGCUCAAGGGCAGGGCUGUUCGGUUGAUUGUGAGCCACGUCUUUGUCAAAGGCCAGUUGAAGUUCAUCCCCAUCUUGGACGGCCAGGCCGUCUUGUACAGCUUUGCAGACCCGCCCGAAGUGCACGUGGGGGUGGCGGUCGCAGGCGGAAGCUCCAGCUUGUCGCUGUCCGACCUACCAGGGGUUGCCACGUGGCUGGAGCGGCUGCUGUUGGAGGCGCUGGUGAAGACGAUGCUGGAGCCGCGGCGGCGCAUUCGCACCCUCCCCCUGCGGAACCUGCACAAGCACGCAGUCUCCGGAGUCCUCCAGGUCACCGUCGUUUCUGCGUCAGGGCUCCAGUCACUCACACCAGCCGGCUCCCAGGGCACGUGGCUAACAAAGAGGAAGUCGGACGCCGAGUCGCAGUCCGCUUCGGCUCCCCCAAGCCCCUACGUCGAGCUGAGCGUCGGCGGCCUGGCGCGGAAAACUAGGGUCGAGCGGGCGACGUUAGAGCCCCUAUGGGACGAGACGAUGGAGCUGCCACUGCACGGGAGUUUGUCCACUUUGUACGUGCGCGCCUACGAUGCGGGAGAGAGGAACGUGCGGCAGGCGCCCAUGGGCGAGGCGGAUCUCAAGAUCCAGUACGUGGCAGACGACUCGACGAUCUUCUAUGCUGUGGGCCGAGACGAGGCCGUGAUCGCCCACCGAGCGGAGUGCUGCGAGAAAGGCGUCGUCGUCACUCUUCCGCUGCUGGACAGCGCCUCCGGAGAGGUCACGCUGCGGCUGACGAUGAAAGAGUGGCAUUUCGCGGAGUCGGCCCCUGCUACCGCCGUGCCUGCCGUCCCCUCCAUGAGCAGAAUAGACAGCGUGUCGUUACUGACGGGGCGGACCAUUCGGGUGACGGUCGUCGGGGCGCGGGAGCUCAAGCCCGCCGACUACUCGGGGUUCAGCGACCCGUAUGUGAAGCUGCAGUACGGCAGUAUCACGCGCAAGACCAAGACGGUUGCCCAGAACCUGAACCCGAUCUGGAACGAGACGUUCGAGUUCAAGGAGCUCAGCGGCGGCGAGCACCUGCGGUUGCGCGUUUUCGACUCGGACAAGCUCCAAAUGGACCAGAGCCUGGGAGUCGCGCGUGUCAAUCUGCUGAAUUUGGUGGAGGGCAUGCAGCGCGAGGUGUGGGUUCCACUUGAGAAAGCGAACACGGGCGAGGUGCGGCUGCAACUAGAGGUGCUCGGAAAAGACUACGACCUUGCACGAGAAGCUGACGCCGUUGCGGCCAGCAACGCGCACGUGUCCACCGUCACUAAAUCAGAAGGCCCUGCGACAAUCGAGGUGACGCUGGUGGAGGCGCGCAACCUGAAGGCCGCCGACUGGAACGGCACAAGCGAUCCGUACGUGAGCGUCAAGUACGGCGCAGUGAAGCAGCGGUCAAAGGUCAUCUACAAGACGCUCACGCCGCAGUGGCACCAGACGCUCGAGUUCAAGGACUCCGGCGCAAAGCACCUCGCGCUGCACGUCAAGGAUUACAAUACGGUGAUGUCAUCCACGUCAAUCGGGCAUUGUCAGGUCAGCCUAGAAGGUUUGGAGGACAAUGCGACGCGAGACAUUUGGGCGACCCUGACGGGGGUCAAGAAGGGGGAGAUCCACCUUCAGAUCACACGGCGAGUCGCCACCAAGGUGGUCUCAACAGAAGCGGUCAAGCCGCCCUUGGAGAAACUGGCGCCGGAGGUCAUCGCCGCCAGCAAACUGCAAAUACAGACAGAUAAGAUGUACGCGCUUCUACAGCAAGCUCUCGCAUUGACCAGCGACGAGGAGCUGAAGACGGUCCUGGGAGAACUAGAGCAGGCGGAGGAGGAGCGGGGGGGCAUCGUCGCCCAGCUAGAAAAGGACAGAAACACGCUCGUGGCCAAAAUAAAAGAGUUCGAGCAGGUCAUAAUUGCGCACGGGGGAUUCGCCAGCGUCAUGCGGGCGCAGGCGGAUCGGGAUGUGCUCGUGGCCAAAGUGAAGCAGCUCGAGGAUGCCAUGAGUGGGCUGUGAGACGUGUUCCUAGUACCCUAAUACUGCAGACUGAUUUUGGCGGAAACUUUGUAUCUAUACAUAGCAGAGCGGAUGAGAAGGUAUGUGAACGGAGGACGCAGCGGAUUGACGUCUCUGCUGCACGUGCAUCCCACCUUGCUUUGUCUUGCACUACCCGUGUAAGCCAGGACAAGAUGAACUGAAGCUUGUAAAUUGCAGCCAAAAGCAAUAAGACUUGGGCCAACCAAAUCAUCCAAGCACCCGUCAAUAUAUAUUUGCUCCUGGUUUUCACUGUAAUGUGCCAGCACCCUGUC